AUGAAAUGUUCAGCAUUUCUGUUGGCGACUUUGUCGGCCGUACUUACAUCUACUUGUUACGGAAAUACUCUGAAUAUUGGUAUAAUUUAUGACAAUGAACUGGGAAUAUCUGGAGAAGCUUUGAUGAGACGGUUCAAUGAGUUAAGGGCCAAAAUGGAAUAUUAUGCUGAUUAUCCGAUCAGAAAUUUUUCUCUACCAAGCCCACCUCCAUUAAACAUAACUAUUAAUGAAUUUACAGUUGGUCAAGCCUGCAACUUAAUCCAAAAUAAUGUGCAUGUGAUUAUAAGUUUGACCAUCUGCUCCGUGGCACAGUUAAUCGAGUCACAAACUUCACCACAUAGAAUAACACAUGUGGCCAUACCUAGACCAGCAUGCUCUAGAGAUUCCAUCGAUUCGAGUGCACUGUCAGACUCAACAACAAUAUGGAUUCAACCAACACCUGAGCAUACAAGCAGAGCUAUAUAUGAAUUAAGCGAAACUGAACGUGCUGCUUUAGCUUUGCUUCUAAGUGAUUCACCUACUUUAGAAGUGGAGGCAGUUUUGGAUUUAAUCUUACAAUCAGAAAUGAACAAUGAAAAAUUCGUGCCAUACUUUUCAACUCAAAUGUAUUCCAAUCAUAAUCUAUCGAAUAUUUUCUAUCCAACUUCAAGUAUACACAGAACAGUCGAUGAUUUACUGAAUCGAGUGAAAAAUUCACAAAAGCAAAUAUCAUCGAAAUUUCUGUUGACUCAUAUAUUUCAACUGCAGGUGAAACCACUUGAUCCGGAUCAGCUGUAUUCGAUAUUUCAAAACAGGUACAUAUUUAAAAACUUCUACUGGAUAUUCGCUACAACACUGUCUAUAACACCGAAUGAAUUAAUCCGUGUAGCAAUGACCAAUCAAAAAGAACAGGUUGCAACAGGAUUUUAUCGACAAUUUCCUAUACUCAAUGAAGAGGAUUGUUUAAAUCUGGAAAUUGGCGAGAAUAUGCGUUUGUUAAUGGAAGAAAUAUUCCAGUGUAAUACAUACAACAUAACUGAACGUGAACUGGAAGCUGUUUAUAUGAUACUUUUAUCUAGUCAAACAACGAUUCUAAUGAAGAGUCUUUCAUUGGAUAUCUUGAAUACCCCAGUUAUUCAAAAUUGUGGUUCUAAUGUUGUUCAGACUAAGUCGUUCGGUCAACUGUUUUAUCGGAUUCUUAUUUCUUUGGCGGAAUUCCCGAAAUGGAAAGAUUUACUAUUUUAUGCAUUGGAAACAAACAAAGAAGGCGUUAGCAAGUUUUAUCCAACUGGGAAAUUCGGUGACAAUGAAAAUGCUGUAUUGAAUGAUCGUGCAAGAUUUGUUGCAAAGCAAAGCCUAUUAAGUGGAUUAUUUCCAAAUGUCUUUCGUACAUUUCAAAAUCAGACACUCAAUGUAUCAACAGUAAUAGAAGCUCCAUACGUCAUGGGCGGUAGAGUGACUAAAGAUCUUGAAUUGAUUGGUGCCAGAGGUUUGGUGAUAGAUAUACUCAAUGAGUUUGCACGUCGUCUUGAGUUUAGCUAUCGACUAUUCCUCCCACCGGAUGGAGAAUAUGGAGCGAAAAUUUCAAACACAACGUGGAGUGGAAUGAUUGGUGAAUUACUGGCCAAGAGAACUGAUAUUAUAGCAGCUCCACUAACUGUGAACGAUGAACGAUCAGGAUUCGUGUAUUAUGUCGGACCGUUUAUGGAAGACACAAUGGGUAUUUUAAUUAAAGUUCCUGAUCAAAAUGAAGAACUGUUCCAAAUGUUUUUACCUUUUCGUUAUGAUAUAUGGCUCUGCUUGGUUGCUUCAGUAUUCAUUGCAGCCUUGGCAAUUACACUAUUCAGCAUUAUAAGUCCGUUUAGUGCCUGGAAUUUAGCCUUACCUGGAGCGACAUCUGAUGAAGUUUCAAUAUACCACAGUAUCUGGUUUACAGUCGGUGGUAUGCUAAUGCAAGGACAAGAACUACGAGCCAUCGCUGGUUCUGCAAGGACAGUAACACUUCUCUACUGGCUUCUAGUUCUGGUAAUUCAAGCCACAUGGCAGGCUGAUUUGACAGCAUUUUUAACCAGAAAUGUUGUACAAAUUCCUGUGUCAUCGUUGGAUGAUCUUGCAAAUUCAGGAUAUACAGUGGCUGCCAGAGAAAACAGUGGAUUGAAGAAAAUAUUCGAGCGUGGAAUCGGAAAUCCAGUUUACUCAAAGAUAUUUGACAAAAUCAGCAAGAAUGGUGUCGAUAUCAUUUCUCUGGAUCAAAGUGUUGAGUUUGUACGCAAUAGUACAUAUAAUGUGUUUUUGGGUAACAGGAUAACACUACUACAUUAUCCAUAUGCUGAAACGGAUACCUUGGAUGUUGUUGAAGUCAAAGACAUUGUUAUACCACUUUCAUUUGCUGUUAGAUUAGACGAAGAGUAUGCCAGCUUAAUGUUGAACUUCAUGUCGACACUAAGAGAAAGAGGAGUAAUCGAUCAUUUACUUGAAAAAUGGGAUGUGGAAAAGUCGAAAAUUGUAGCUAACACAGCUUCUUACAAUUCAGUAACACUUCGGAAUAUAUCUGGUGCAUUUAUAGUGUUGUCUGUAUUUAUUGUGGUUAGUUUAAUAGUCUUAGUUAUUGAAAAGUUUUGGUAUAAACAUGCGUUGAAUAAAGCAAGUCUCAAUCCAAAGGGUAAAGAAACAGAAAAAGAAGGUCAUCCUGGUAUAUGGCGACGCUUUACUCAUCCUUCAGCUGAACUACCAAAACCAAAAUUAGAUCUAUCACGGAAUCCUACACUAAAACAGUUAAGAUAUGCAGGUCAUAGAAGAGCGUCAGCAGCUUUCGAUGCUACUGUUAUCACUGCCGAUCACCAUCAUACGGAAUUAGAUGUCGAUUAGAGAUGUCAGGUUUAACAACGUGUCUAUAUAAUAUGGACGAAGGCUUACUAACAACUUUGUGCUGUCAGAGUGAAAGAAGAUGAUGAAUAACCAAUCAAGAAUGGAUACAGUAAAUUUUGUUUAUAUUAGUACUGAAAUACAUGGAACUGACCGUAAUGCUUCU